CUCAUUCGUGGUGACGAAUCAGAGCGCGGCGGACGCGGUAUCGAACAAGGCGAUCGGGUCGUGGCGGACGACGGACUUCUCCUCGUGGCUGCAGACGCUGGUCACGGAGCAGGCCAAGUGGGCACCCAUCCAGGCGUGCCUCGCCGCGGGCAACACUCAACUCCACGGGUCUGUCUAAUUUGGCCGGCAAUUCCACCGGCGACUGCCUGCUGUACGGCAGCGAGGUGAGCAGGCUGUGCUACGAGUGCGACACGUGCAAGGCGGGGUUCCUGAAGACGCUGCGCGACCAGUGGCGCAUGGUGGCGUUCGUGUGCCUGGGCGUCUCGCUGCUGCUGCUCGUCGUCUACAUCUUCGGCUGCUGCGCCUACCGCAGCGCCAAGCGCCGAGAAGGCUUCUUCGGGAAGGUUGCAGGGGUGAAGUAACAGACAGGAGGCAACAAGCGGGGAGUAUUCUCUCUGAUAAGAUGAGAGUUUGGUUUGGAGUGUGCAAAUAAAGAGGGUAGGGGCUUGGGGAGGGCACCCAGGAGUGGUGACGGAGGCACCAGAUCGAUGCCUCCAAUAAAUGGCCCUCCCUCCCUCACAAGUCACGUCACACCACAGGGUAUCACACCACUGCCCCUUGUACCACGACGGCAUACAACCUUGAUUCCU